AUGAAGCCGCUAAUCGAUUUUGACGAAUGCCUUAGAGAUUCCCCAAAAUUUAGAGAACAGCUGGAAACCGAAGAGGCCAGUAUCGAGUCGUUAGAACAAAAGCUUGACAAAGUUCUAAAGAGUUGUUCUGUUAUGAUCGAAACGGGCAAAACAUACAUGAGUCAUAGAAGUACUUUUACAAAUGCUCUAUGGGACCUGACGGGGUCUUUCUCGGAGGAUGCAACAGUUCAAGCAGCUCUCAACCGUAUGAUCCACGCACUACAGGAAAUGACUAAAUUCCACUCCAUACUAUUAGACCAGGCUUCUAGAACCGUACUCAAGAAUCUCACAGCUUUCAUCAAAGUAGAUAUAAAGGGCGUAAAGGAAAGCAAACAUCAUUUUGAUAAAAUUUCAAAUGAUCUGGACUUAGCUUUAAAUCGAAAUUCUCAGGUAUCUCGACAUAAACCAAGCGAUGUGGAAGAAGUAGUGAAUCUCUUACUAGCAACUCGGUCUUGCUUUCGACACACUGCUUUAGAUCAUGUACAGAAGAUAACGAUGCUGCAAGCACGGAAGAGGCACGAGAUACUUGCUACUUUCCUGUCGUAUUUGCAAGCUUGCUGCACUUACCACCACCAGGGAGCCGAUCUGUCUGAGGACUUGGAACCUUUUCUCAAGUCGACGGCGGACGAGGUUGCAACAAUGCGUAACGAUACAAAAAUACUCGACAAGGAGAUGGAGAAUCGACACACAAUAGUUAAUAGCAAAGACACUGUUCUACCGAGUUGUAAAUCGGUGCCAACAGAGGGCGACAGUAAGGAUGGACUGUUGAGUACGCCCUGUUUGAAGAAUUUGCCAAGAAUGCAGGGCUACCUCUUCAAAAGGACGUCGAACGCGUUCAAGACUUGGAAUCGUAGAUGGUUCUAUUUGUACGAUAAUCGUCUCGUGUAUAGGAAAAGAACAGGCGAACUCAAUGUAACAGUAAUGGAGGAGGACUUGAGGCUAUGUACGGUGAAGCCCGUGCUCGACGGCGAGCGGCGGUUCUGCUUCGAAGUUUUGUCUCCUUCCAAGAGCCACAUGCUGCAGGCGGACUCUGAGGAUAUGCUAAGCGCAUGGGUGUCUGCGCUACAAAACGGUAUCCGCUCUGCCAUCCAGCAGGGACAAAGCCGCGACACAUCCGACUCGCAACUUGUACUCGUGCCAGAUACUCAUGCUAUGAAGAAGAUCAGGAUAUGGGAACAGUUACUCAGUAUACCAGGGAAUAAUUACUGCUGCGAUUGCGGCAGUCCUAACCCACGCUGGGCGAGUAUUAACCUCGGCAUUACCUUGUGUAUAGAAUGUUCGGGUAUACAUCGCUCUCUCGGCGUCCACGUCAGUAAAGUGAGGUCACUAACUCUAGACGAUUGGGAACCAGAUAUUAUUAAGGUAAUGGCAGAAUUAGGUAACAAAGUAGUAAAUUUAAUAUACGAAGCAAAUACAGAAGGCACAACUGUAACAAGGGCCACUCCGGACUGUGAGACGUCAGUUCGAGAAGCAUGGAUUAGAGCCAAAUAUGUUAAGCUCGAAUUUGUGAAAAACAUAGUGAAUACUAUAAUGACAGACUCCAUACAAGAGUCGCCUUUAAGAAAUGGCAGACGGUGGUCCGUUCGACGAGCCAGGCGGAGAGUACGUACCGCACCUGCGGUACCGGAAACUAUAAAGGACGAGAAGAGUGACGUCAAUAGCAACUCUAGUGCGUCGGAGAGCUCCACAUCGGAGGCCGUGGAGGCGGACGGCGUGUUGCUGGUGGGCGGCGAGCUGGCGCCGCGCCGGGCGCUGCGCCUGGUAUGCCUGCUACUUCGUUACCGCGCGGACCAGUCGAUAACGGACGGAGCGGGCCGCACGCCGCUCGACAUCGCCGUCGCGCACGCUAACGCAGACAUUGUUACACUUUUGAGGUUAACGAAACUGAACGAGGAGAUGCGGGAGAGCGAGAUGUCAUCCAAUGACGACACGUACAACGAGGUGUUCCGCGACUACACGCAGCUGGCGCACUCGCACCCCGAGCGGCUCGUGCGCGCGCGCCACAACAACAACGAGGGUGAACAAACGAGUGAAUGACGAAUAGAGAGGAGGUUUCGGCGACUGCAUCUGUGGUGGCGAGACGAGUGAUUACCGGUGAUACAUCACAAUCGAUUCAGUGCUUUUAACCCCUGUCUCUUACGUUUAAAUACAAAACAAACCAACCUGAAUUAUAAAAUUUACGUAUUGUAAUAAUUUGAC